AUGUCCGACGAACCCUCCGCCAACGGUGUCACAACACCUACUACUCCCAAGCGGACUGGCCUGGCUUUGACCGAGUAUACCGCCGCUCCCACUCCCCCCUCCGAACGCGCAGACCGCAUCCCCGGAUUGCCUCCCAACUGGGGCAUCCCAGAGGCUUUUUUGCUUCCCAAUGGAUAUCCAGACUAUCUCCGAUUGAUCUUGACUUCCCGCGUUUACGAUGUUAUUGAUGAAACCCCACUACACCAUGCCGUCAACCUGAGCAACCGUCUUGAAAGCCGAGUGCUUCUCAAGCGGGAGGAUCUCCUCCCUGUAUUCAGCUUCAAGCUUCGUGGCGCCUAUAACAAGAUGGCCCACCUGAACAACGAGCAGCGGUGGAAGGGUGUCAUUGCUUGCUCUGCUGGCAACCAUGCUCAAGGUGUUGCGUACUCUGCCCGCAAGCUUAGAAUCCCCGCGACCAUUGUCAUGCCGGCCGGAACCCCCGCUAUCAAGCACUUGAACGUUGCCCGCCUGGGUGGCAGCGUUGUUCUCCACGGAAAUGAUUUCGAUGCGGCCAAGGAUGAGGCCCAUCGGUUGGAGAAGCAGCACGGUCUCACCAGUAUCCCGCCAUUCGAUGACCCGUAUGUCAUUGCUGGUCAAGGUACUAUCGGUAUGGAGCUGCUACGUCAGGCCAACCUCGACAAGCUGGAGGCGGUCUUCUGCGGUGUCGGUGGUGGCGGCCUGAUUGGGGGUAUUGGUGUCUAUCUGAAGCGCAUUGCGCCCCAGGUCAAGGUCAUCGGUGUCGAGGCUUACGAUGCCAACGCCAUGGCUCAGUCCCUCGAUGAUGGCAAGCGCGUGUUCUUGAAGGAGGUCGGUCUCUUCGUUGAUGGCGCUGCCGUCAAGUCCGUGGGCGAGGAGAACUACCGUGUCUGCCGGGAUGUCAUCGACGAAGUUAUUCAAGUCUCUACGGACGAGGUCUGUGCUGCUAUUAAGGAUGUUUUCAUGGACACCCGAUCGGUCGUUGAGCCCGCUGGUGCUCUCUCCCUCGCUGGUCUCAAGAAGUACGUCGCCAAGAACCCCAGCCCUGACCCUAGCCGUGAACUCGUCGCAAUCACUUCCGGUGCCAACAUGGACUUCGACCGCCUGCGCUUCGUUGCCGAGCGUGCUGCUCUCGGCGAGCGCAAAGAGGCUCUUCUCAGCGUGAAGAUCCCCGAGACGCCUGGCGCAUUCGCCAAGCUUGUCGAGGUUAUUCUGCCCCAGGCCGUGACUGCUUUUAGCUACCGUUAUGCUCGCGACGACUCUGCCGAUGUCCUCAUGGGUAUCUCUCUGUCCGCCGCGACUGGCCCCGAAGAUCUGGUCAAGAUCAUGGAGGAGCUCGAGAAGGCGGGCAUGAAUGUUCGCGAUCUGAGCGAAGACGAGCUGGCUAAGCGUCAUAUUCGAUUCCUGGUCGGCGGCCGCUCCGAUGUCGCCGACGAGCGAUUGUUCAUGUUCGAAUUCCCCGAGCGACCCGGUGCUCUGGCCAAGUUCCUUGCCACCCUCCGUCCCAAACAGAACAUCUCUCUGUUCCACUACCGUAACUAUGGCGGUGACGUUGGCAAGGUUCUGGCUGCUAUCCAAUGCCCCCCCUGCGGAGAAGGAUGA